CCUGCGACUGAAGAGAGGAUUGCACGCUGUUAUCAUGUUAUUUUAUGCUGUCCUGCUGAAUUUUGCCUUUUAUUUGACCAGUUGUGAGCUACAAGGAAGCAAAGCCAACAAUGGCCUUACAAAGAAGCGAUGGGUGAGAUCGGUGAUAAAUGAGCCAACGCCUAUAGACUGCGUGAUGUCCAGUUGGUCAUCUUGGAGCGGGUGUGACCCGUGUAAAAAAAAGAGAUAUCGAUUUACUCAAAUGACGCACGUGCCACAGUUCCGCGGCGAGCGGUGUGAUGUCAUAGACCGUGAGGAGGAGUCGUGUGCGACCAGCAGCCCUUGCAGGAACACCAAGAGAUGUGAAGGCUUCCAGUGUGUCGAGUCUGGAAAGUGUGUCCCUCGAAGACUGAUGUGUAAUGGAGAUGACGACUGUGGAGAUUCCUCUGAUGAGAAGAACUGUAAGUCUAUCCGGAGUCCAUGUACGGAUAAGAUGGAGGAAUACUGGGCCAUUGAAAACCUGGCGUCGGGAUUGAAUCUGUUCACGAAUUUGCGGGAAGGGUUAGUGUUUGAUCACCGUUAUUAUGGCGGCGGCUGCGCUCCACACUACAUCCUGGGCACUCGGUUUAGAAAACCGUUUAAUGUGGAAAGUUAUAUCACCGAUGCCAAAGGCGAAUACAAAUUUUCACUAUCUGAACACGAUUCGUACUCUGAUUUCGAAAGAGACUUCUCCAGCGCUCAUGCGAAACAAACAAGCUUCAAGUUCGGCUUCAGCAUCCCAGAGGUGUUCGAGAUCGGAUUCAGUUACAGCGAUAUGAAGUUUAAAAAGUUUGUGGAGAGGACGAAGAAAUUUUCACACACGCAAAGCUCGCUCAUCAGCGCUCGGUCGGAUCUGGAGGUGGCGAAAUACAAGUUGAAGUCCCGCGGACUGAUGCUGCACUCGGAGUUCUUCCAGAGGGUGAAACAGCUGCCGAUGGAAUACGUCUACGGCGAAUACCGGGACCUUUUCAGGGACUACGGGACCCAUUAUAUCACUGAGGCCACGCUGGGCGGAGUCUAUGAAUAUACGCUCAUCCUCAACAAAGAGCACGUGAAGAACGAAGGUUACUCCUUAAGUGAUGUGAAAUCUUGCCUGAACCUGGGAUUUUCUCUCGGCGGCAACGUCUGCGGCGUUUACAUUAGCGGCAGUAUGACUUUCGACCAGUGCGAUGGGCUUUUGAAAGAGAUCGGAGAAAAGACCGACAAUAAUAAAGUUGUUGAAGAUUUUGUUGCUCUUGUACGCGGAGGAUCCAGCGAGCACGUGACCACACUCGCGUACAGGAAUCUCCCGACACCGGAGUUGAUGCAGGAGUGGGGGGACGCCGUGCAGUACAGUCCUGAAAUCUUAAAGAUUAAGGCCAGCCCUUUGUAUGAAUUGGUGACAGCAACGGACUUCAUCGGGGGCAACACUCUGCAGGAGAAUAUGAAACGCGCCCUGGAGGAAUUUGAAAAGGAGACCAUGUCCUGCCGCUGUGCCCCGUGCGAAAAUAAUGGUGUUGCCGUCUUCAAAGAGAAUCGCUGUGAAUGUGUUUGUCCGGCUGGGUUUAAAGGGUCAGCUUGUGAAAUCAGCAAAAGGCCAGCUCCCCCCAUUGAUGGAAAUUGGAGUUGUUGGACCAGCUGGACAUCAUGCUCAGGAAGAGUCCAAACAAGGCAACGACAGUGCAAUAACCCUUCUCCGAGAAACGGGGGUCAGGAUUGUCCGGGAGCGUCCACCGACAGCAGAAGCUGUUAG